AUGAACCAGGAACUUGCACUUUGGAGGGACCUCAGCCCUCUCCCCGCCCCCUUGCGUGCGCCGACGGCGUCCUCGCCCCGCAUCCUCGUCGUCGGGGGCGGGGUGACGGGCCUGGUCACGGCGUGGGUGCUGCUCGACAAAGGAUACCACGUCACGGUGCUGGCCAAAGAGUGGGCGUCGUACGGCAAGGGGCAGCGGCUGACAUCGCAGAUCGCCGGCGCGCUCUGGGAGUUCCCGCCAGCCGUCUGCGGGCAGCACACGGACGCCAUCUCGCUGGCGCACUCGAAGCGGUGGUGCAUGACGGCCUACCACAUCUGGGACGCGCUCGCGGCGGCGCCCGGCCUCUCGGCCAGCGACACGGGCGUCCGCAUGAAGCCGGCCGCCUUCUUCUUCCCGGCGCCCGUCGAGCACGACGCCGACCAGCUGGCCAAGAUGCGCGAGAUCAUGGCCAGCGGCGUGCGCGGCUUCCGGCGCCACAGCAGCAGCGACGACGUGAUGGCCGAGCACCGCGUCGACGCCGCCGGCUACGGCGUGGCCGACGCGUACCAGCUGCUCGCCCCCAUCAUCGACACGGACGCCUGCAUGGCCUUCCUGCGCUCGCUCGUCGCCGCCAAGGGCGCCCGCCUCGUCACCGCCGCGCUGCACGGCGACCUCUUCGCCCAGGAGCAGCGCCUCCUCUCGCAACACUCGGCGCACGCCCUCGUCAACGCCACGGGGCUGGAGGGCGCGAGGGAGCUGGCGGCCGACGACAGCGCGUACCCGAUCCGCGGCGCCCUGAUCCGCGUGCGCAACACGGGCGCCGCCUUUCCCCAGGUGCGCGCGGCGCUGACCAUCACGGCCGACGCGGUGCACGAUGCCAGCGAGAUCGUCUUCCUCGUGCCGCGCAACGACGACGUGCUGCUGAUCGGCGGCAUCGCCGAGCCUGGCAAAGACACGCUCGACCUAUCCCUCAACUCGCCCAUCGUGCGCCGUAUGCGCGAGCGCUGCGAGCGCUUCCUGCCCGACUUGCGGCUCGCCGAGCUGGACGACUACCCGCUCGCCCAGGGGCUGCGCCCGUUUCGCGCAAGGAAUGUCAGGGUCGAGCGCGAGCUGAGGGUGCACCAAGGCGGCAGGCCGAGCAGGAUUGUGCAUAGCUAUGGCCAGGGCGGCGCCGGGUGGAGCCUUUCGUUUGGCUGCGCGGCCGACGUGGCGACGCUGGUCGACGAGGCGUUGGCGGAUUUGCCGGCGAGACCGAUGGGGGAGGACGAGGAGCAGGCGGCGGUGCUGGGUGGGGACUUGACUCCGAUCAGCGCGAGGCUCUAG